AUUCCAUACCCCCUCCGCCUACAGCAUGGUUUGAGGAUAAGUUUCAAAUCCAUAAAGUUGCAUCAUUUUACGUUGUUAGCUUUUAAAUGCUGAUACAAAAGUUCAUGCACGUCUCUCCCUUGCACUUUUAGGAGAGUCAAAUAGUCUUCUCUGCCAGUUUGCGGUAGAUUAAUUGUUCUGGCAGGUGGUAAAGAAGCAUUCGGUACUUGGUCAGUUGGCUAGGCCAAUUUUCAAGUGUAAAAGAUGGGAGUUCCAAAGUUUUAUCGAUGGACCAGCGAACGUUAUCCAUGUUUGAGUCAAGUUGUUCGAGAACAUCAGAUUCCAGAAUUUGAUAAUUUGUACUUUGAUAUGAAUGGAAUAAUACAUGUCUGUUCUCACCCAAAUGAUGAUGACCCACAUUUUCGAAUCUCUGAAGCAGACAUUUUCAAGAACAUUUUCCAUUACAUUGAGGUCUUGUUCAGAAUUAUCAAACCAAAAGGCAGUUUUUUCAUGGCAAUUGAUGGAGUGGCCCCAAGAGCAAAGAUGAAUCAACAAAGGGGGAGAAGAUUCAGAACUGCAAAGGAGGCAGAGGAUAAUAUAAAGAGGGCACUUCAAAAGGGUGAACAACUUCCAAAGGAAGAGAGGUUUGACUCAAAUUGCAUAACUCCAGGGACCGAUUUCAUGGCAAGACUUAACAGUCAUCUCCAAUAUUUUGUCAAUGACAAAAUUUCUUCUGAUCCUCAUUGGCAGAACUGUGAUAUUUACCUAUCAGGACACGAUGUACCUGGUGAAGGAGAGCACAAAAUAAUGGAUUUCAUCAGAUAUGAGAAAUCAAAAAAAGAUUAUGAUCCAAAUACAAGACAUUGUCUUUAUGGGCUUGAUGCUGAUCUGAUUAUGCUUGGAUUAGUUUCACAUGAGCCACAUUUUUCAUUGCUCCGGGAGGAGGUCAGAUUUGGAAAACAAUCUAAAAGGGUUACAAAACCAGAAGAGACAGUUUUUCAUUUGCUCCAUCUCUCAUUGAUGAGGGAAUACCUAGACUUUGAGUUCGGUGAAUUGAAGGAUAAACUCCCGUAUGGCUAUGAUUUAGAGAGGAUUAUUGAUGACUGGGUUUUGCUCGGAUUUCUUGUGGGCAACGAUUUUAUUCCGCAUUUGCCACAACUGCAUAUAAAUCAUGAUGCUCUUCCAUUCCUGUAUAAAAUAUACAUUGAAACGAUGCCAAAGCUAGAUGGAUACUUGCAUGAUGGUGGUAUACUAAACCUACCCAGGUUCCAGAAAUAUUUAGAAGCCUUGUCAAAGUUUGACAGAGAUCGUUUCGAAGAUGUCUAUGCUGAUAUGAAAUGGCUGGAAGGUCGAACUGGAAGAUCAUUUUCACCGAACAAGAGAAAGGGAGGAAACAAAGGCAUGAAAUUUUCCAAAUUGGUUUCUCAAGUGGAAGAAGAAAUAAUGAUUCCGGUGAGAAACCCGUAUAUGGCCCUGGCAGACGUGUCUGAUGCAUUUGACGAUUCAGCCUUUGACACAUCCCAGAGGACGUUGGAACUAGAAAGCGGAAAUGAUGAGAAACUAGAGCGUUUGUUUGGUGAUCUGGGUUUCAAGGACCUCGAUGGAGGCGAGGAGUUGUUUGAUCUUGAAUUUAGGCAGCACAAGAGGGCGUAUUACGUGGAGAAGUUUGAAGUCCCGGUCGCUGACGACGGAUUUAUCUCAAAAGUUGCAUUUGAAUAUAUCCUGGCUAUCCAAUGGAAUCUGCACUACUACUACAAUGGUAUACAAUCUUGGAGUUGGUAUUACCCAUACCACUACGCACCUUACAUCUCUGAUAUUCUCAAUAUUCAAUCUUUCGAUUUGACACUUGAAAAGAGCAAACCCUUCAAGCCAUUCGAGCAGUUGCUAGCUGUUCUACCCUCAUACAGUAGAAAGUUGCUACCAGAUGCUUUUCAGAGUCUAAUGGUAAACGACACCUCACCAAUCAUCGAUUAUUACCCAACGCAGUUCAAAACGGAUUUGAAUGGAAAACAGCAGGAAUGGGAAGCCGUCGUAUUGAUCCCUUUUAUCGACGAGCGUCGUUUGCUUGGUGCCAUGGCUACACAUUACUCCAGACUGACUGAUGAAGAAAAAGAGAGAAAUUCUUUUGGCAAAUGCCUGAAAUACAGCUACUCGAAAGAUUUAAAUUUCGUGUUUCCAUCGACAUACCCCGGUGUGUUUAAGGACAUCGCUGUCUGCAAAGCACAUUGUGAGCAGAUAGACAAAGACAAGUUCCACAUUGAUAUCAAAUUUAUCAAAAAAGGACUAAGUGAAGGCGUGCAACAGGAUGUCUAUUUUCCUGGUUUCCCUACAUUGAAACAUAUCCCUCAUGAAGCACAAUUGCGAAAAGCCGGUGUGAGGGUAUUCUCGUAUGCCAGCAAAUCAAAGAACACGAUCAUAAGCAUUGAGAAGGAAGAGGAAGAAAUAGAUGUCGAUGUGAUGAGGGAGACAGUGGGAAGUAUAGUACACGUUGAGUGGCCAUAUCUAGUGGAAGCGCUGGUUACAGCAAUCACAGAUGGCGAGAGAAGAUUCAUCCUGAAACAGGCGGAAAAUGUAGUUGAGGAGGACAAGAUGACUAAGGCGAAAAUUGACGAUGCCUUUUUCUGGAUGAAGAAUGUGCGGACGAAUCUGUUGGAAAGAAAGGGCAUUGACCCAGGCGAAGUGAAGGUUCUCGUAGAAGCAAAGACGUUGAAGGGCAAGAGAUACGUCUGUGGACCAAAGGGAAAAGUCACACUCGAGAAACAUUGGGCUGACACGCACACGUUCUAUCCGUUGCAGGCCAUUAUUCGGGAUCUCAAAGUACACACGUCAAAAUAUCAAAAAGAAGCCAAAUCGCUAGACGAUUUAUAUAAACCUGGAAACAGUUGUUUCAUGAUGGCAUCACCACAUUAUGGAUGCUCUGGAGAGGUGCUAGAGGUUGAUACCGACUCAUCGAGGGUCCGGGUCUCGUUAGCAGUACCGCCCGAACCGGAUUUCGAAGAUGUUAUAAACAACCAAACCAAGCUGUCAGAUCGCUAUUUCUCACUGGAUGCUGCUGCAAGGAGAGUUGGGCUAUCAAGCAGACUCCUGUCAAAGAUAACUGGCAAUAUAUUAGUCACAAAAAACAGCGCAAGUAUGUCUGAAUCGAGAACAAAUAUCGGCCUAAAACUGAAGUUUUCUGGACGGAAUCGAGAGGUCCUUGGGUAUGCGAGGCGUGACGAGGAAGGAUGGUCAUUUUCAGAGAACGCAAUCGAUGUUCUAUGCUCUUAUGUACAAAGAUUUCCGGAACUCUUCAAAAUGCUAUCUAACUUGCCGGAACAAGAAUGCUAUGAACAAAGUAUCCUCUUUCCUGACCAAACUUGGAAGGAUUCUGUGGAGGAGAUUUUAACAUUUCUAAAAUCUCUCGCGUUUCGCAACACUGAAGCAGUGAAAUGUGGUAGCAAAUACCUGGACGAGAAAAUAAUAUGUGCUAUUGGGGACGCUGUGGAGGAAGCAAAGUCUUUGCGGCAUCAAACCAAAUGCGUUAAAGUCAAGGUGAAGCCAUUCGUUUUAUUCAAGCCAACAGCCGACUUUGGCGAUCUUGUUCCUGACCCUACCACAGAUUACUAUCUGUUUGAUCGUGUUGUCAAUGUUAGAGACGAUGGAGCUGUUCCUAUGGGAUAUCGAGGAACCAUUGUUGGGGUGCAUGAAAUUGAAGAGAACAAGACAAGCAGCGACUCGCCAAGUGUUUUGAAAUACGAAGUCUUGUUUGACCAACCAUUCCUUGGAGGCCUACAAUUAAGAUGUAAGGAAAACAAGGGUGCAUUCAUGAGCAGCAGUUCGUUGCUGAAUAUAUCGUAUGGUGAAAGAAAAGAAAUGAUGAAGAAAGGCUUCACCCCGAAAAGACUGACAGGAUUGCAAGAAAAGGCACAGCCAAGAUCUCUAAAUCAGGGAGCACCUUCGCCGUACGGAGAGUCAUCACCAUUUUCGCCGCAAAGAAGACGAAACCAGUCCGCAGAUAAUUCAUCUUAUGAAAGACCAAGGGAAUCAACACCAAAGUAUACCAGCAGGGGUGGCUACACGGGCAGAGGUUAUAGCCGGAGUGGUAAUCGAAGUAAGGGGGACGAUGAUUUGAAAACCCCGGACUACUGGCUCAGGGGAUAUGGUGGAAGGACAAAGACGGAUUCAUCGCCGCGCGGUAACUAUAGCCAUCGGGAAAGCCCCAAAACGAGCCGCGCUACCAAUGAUGAUGGGCCAAAAUAUACAAUCUUGAAUAAAUCUGAGAGCGAUGGAAAUUUCGAGGAAAUGUGGAAGAAGCUGCAAGAUUCUGGGAAAAAAGAUUAUGUCGGGACUCAGGAACCCAAGAAAGAUAUUCAACAUGAUACAAAGGGAAAUGUAGCACUGGAACAAGAAAAAGUUAACUUGGAGGGGACAGCCAGGCUCCAGAAACUGCUGAACAUCAAGGCAAAGACUGCUCAGCACGCUGGUGAUGAUAGCCAAAGACAAGCGAGCAAAGAGCAGCAACGAGUUCUGGACAGCACAAAGCCACAUGGGAAGCUAUCUGCGGAUUUGCCGCGCAUACACGCGAAUGAGAUAAUAAACAAGCUCUUCCAGAGCAAGAGUGCUGAUCAGCCGCCAUUGAAUAGCCCCGCCAGUCCCACAAGUCCUCUGAUGCCCGGGACUGUAUCGGCCCCAGCCAAAGGCCUACAGCAGUGGUGCUUUGAGAGUCAAAUGCCAGCACCACAAUACACGUAUUCCGUGACCCCUCAGGGUGUGCAUGCUGUUGUAAAUGUGGGUCCUGCUAUUUGCUUUGGUGGUCUGAUGUGCAAAAGCAAAGCGGAGGCAGCCGAGAGUGCAGCCGCCAUCGCUUUAGGCCAUUUGAUGCAUAGCCAUGGACCAUUUCCUCGAGGUAAUCAGCCAUUUGCACUCAAUAGCCCCCAUAUGUACAUGGGACAUCGGCCUAGUGUUGGCUUGCAGCUUCCAGGAGCACCAGUUCCACAACAACUUAGCCCUCGGCAGUUUAUUGGUGGAGCCAGUUUGAGGUUUAGGCAUGACGCAAACUCGUACCAGUCCCCUCCCAGCAAACCAGGUUCUGUCCAAAGAGCUAACCAGCCAUUUCCACUCAAUAGUCCACAGCUAUACAUGGCACAUCGGCCUAAUGCUGGUUUACAACAUCAAGGGACUGGAAUGCAUCAACAGCACAGUCCUCUACAGCUCACAAGGGGAUCUUAUGCAGGUAGCCCGUCUCAAUCACUCCAAAACCAAAUAAUGGGGCCGCAGCCUGUCCCUUUUCUGGCGCAGCCAGUGGCCAUUCCCGCAAAUCUAGCACGUCUAGCCAACCAGCAACCAAGUAAUAUCAGUGUGUCACCACAAAGGCAACAGAUAAGAAGUGAUCAGACAGAAACAAAGAACAAAAUGUGCCCGCAAGAAAAGGAAUCAAACACACAAACGGAUACGGACGAGUCACAACUACAGGAAAGCAAAGCAAGUGGCACAGAAAGCAGCAAGGCAUCUGGGCCAACAUUUGUUCCACUGCAGGUCAAUCGUGCUGGUAUGAGAGCAAAUAAGAGCAGUGCAGAUGCUACACUAAAAGACGAGUGUUUGGAGCCUAGAAAAACAGAACGCGAGGAAGUCAACCUGAUUGACUUCAACAUCGAAAUAGAGAAAAGCAAAUUGCCGGCUGACUUUGAAAGUGUUGUCCCUAGUGAAAGCGUCGAAUCUAGCUCCAAGAAAAAGGACGUCGUAGGGAACGAAGGGCCUGUUGGCGCUGCCAAGGCCGAAGAUUUCCCCAGUGUUCCAAGGAAAGAAAAACCUCGGAAGAAAAAGUUUCUUGCAGCAAAUUUUUCCGCUCCCAAGAAACAAUAGAUAUCAAAGCAAUCAUCCAGCUUUAAAGGGACAAUGAUUUAUUUGCAAUUUAUCCACUCAUUCGCUUUCAAGUUUUUCAAUAUGAAAAUAAUUUGUAUUGUAAAUAAGAAAAUAUCUCAAUAUUGUUGUUCUUAUGACGCUUUUAGAGUUUUCAUUUCAAAAUCAUAUUGUGUUUCAUGUUAGUCUGAAUGUAAACGUUCUUUGUGUAAGAACCGAAACUCGGACCUUUCGACCCUUUUUAAUUUAUGUUUAAUUUUAGGAUUUCUUUAAUGUUUUUUCGAACCAGGGGUGGCAAAAUGUUUUCUGAUUUGAAAGAAGCAAGUUCAAGUUCGUUUUCUUUUUAAAUUCCAGCUAAAUACAAAUUCCAAGCUAGGUAUUUCAAGCUAGGUUUAGAUAUGAAGUGUCACCAACGGGGCUCAUCGUUUUUUGCUUAUACAGAAUUACUUUUAGAAAAACUCGAUAGCAAGGAUGAACCGUAAUGAUUCUUACUCCAAUAUCAAUUUUGUGAUAUCGGUAGAAAUCAUUUGUACUGUUUAAGAACUUUUAAGAACCUGCGCGCCGAAAUUGUAGAAAUAGAAGUCCAACACAUACGUUCUCAAUCAGCCUGAGUAUUGGGAAUGCUUUCUAUUGUCAGAUUGGAAUUGCUGUUUGUCAAACCAUGGCACUAUCAGCCAGAUUUAAUUUUCGUAAGUGUGAUUAUUUUCAGGCAAUAUCUGAAUGAACCAAAGAUAUGCAUAGGUCUAUGGAAUUGAACAAAUAAACACAAUAUUUAAUACCUUAGAGUCGAGUAAGAACCUCUCUAAAAGAACCUCGUAAAAGAACAAGUUCAGACUAACAAACAAAAUGUAGGCUAGAGGUUUUCAUGCUUGUGUAUUCUUUGUAGAGUUUGUCAAUUUUGGAGUUACUUUCUUUUAAAUCGGUUAUAGAAGAUUUGUAUAUUGCAAAAGAGAUUUUAGGGACUAGUUUAAGGUAAAGGGUUUUAUUGAAAACUUGUGUAUAAAUUCUUUCACGCCUACAAGAAUGAAAUCUAAAAAAAAAUGACGUGUCUGAAA